AUGAGCAUCGACAUAUCAGAUGAAAGUUCCAUUGAUUAUGACGUUAUCGUGGUCGGUGCAGGUUUGGCCGGAUUAAGUGCUGCCAGAGAAGUGCUCAAAUUGGAACCAACACUACGGGUACUCGUUCUUGAAGCUAAAGAACGCGUCGGAGGAAGGACGUUGUCGGUCCCUAUGAAAGCCGCCAGAGGUGGCUCACUAAAAGCUGAGCUUGGAGGUACAUGGGUAUGCAAUGAGCAACGAAAUAUCCUGCAAUUAAUCGAGGAACUCGGUCUCAUAACAAUCCCACAAUAUUCGAAUGGGAUAAAAUGGGCACAACUGGGAACGCCCGGAUGGAGGCCAUACACUAACAGCCGCCCUAUGAAAAGCAUAUGGGAUUUCUCAACCAGUGAAGUAUUGAAUCUAUGGUGGAACGUACGAAAAAUGGAGAAACUCGCUGAAAAGGUUGAUGUGAAGAAUCCGUUCAGUUGGCCCCAGGCGAGUAAGUUGGACGAGAUCUCGUUAGCGCACUGGAUUCGGCAGAACGUGACGGGACGCGGUGCCCAGGACGCAUUGGAAGUUGCUGCUCGUGCCACAUAUGGUGUGGAACCGAAUAAGCACGAAGACUGGGGGAAGUGGGUGAAUAUGCUGUACCAUCUUGCUCUCUGUAAGUCUACGGGAACAUUCAGUAAUCUCAUCAACAUUGGCGGCGGAAGUGCACAAGCUAUGCGAGUGGAGGGUGGAACGGAACAAAUUUGCAAACGGCUAGCGGUUCAGAUUGGGAAAAAUCGAAUUAUUCUCAACAGAGCAGUCGAGCAGAUUGAAGUUGAUGAACAGAACGGCGUCACAAGAGUGCACACCUAUUCUACUAACGCCACAGGUGAAAAGAUCAUGUACACUUGCUCGCAAGUGAUCUGCGCCGUUCCGUUGAAUCAGUGCGCAAGGAUAUCAUUUUCUCCACCGUUGCCGCACCUAAAGCAACAACUCUUCGAGUCAUGUUUGCCUGGGAGCAUGAUCAAGUUCGUGAUCGCAUUUGAGACCGCUUUCUGGAGAGAAGAGGGCUGGUCUGGAGAAGUGGUCAGCACUGGUCGAACAACGACGCCAAACGAGGUGCUUCCAGUCAACUGCACAUUCGACUAUACCUCCAUCUAUGGGAUUCCAGCAUUAGUUGGUUUUAUGAACGAAGGAUUCACAGACAUGACCAAGGAAGAUCGAUGUAACGCAGUUGUUAAUGACCUGAUGCGAGUUUUUGGUGAACGAAGCCAUGCGGUUACGUUCCUGCGACUAUCGGGAAAGGUAUGGAGGCAGGAGCCGUUCAUGUCAUCGGCUCACGAGUUUGUUUCCCCUGUGUGA